AUGGCCACCAGACGUGAGGAGUACAUUACUCUUGAUGGGAGAGUAACAAAUAACAUCCCAGAGGGAUACCAUGGGAUUGCUUUAAUGUACGGGAACAAGAGGAUUGACCUGGGAUCCGUACAUUAUAAAUGCAAGACUAACAUGUCAAUACCUCACAAGGUGAUCAACAAUAAUAUGGUGAUCUCAUUAAAGCAUGUAAUAAAAUGGUGUAAUUAAAAAAAUUAUUUCACAAUAAUCAUUCUCUUGAAACAAAAUUGAUCAAUGAUAAUUCAAGCAUUAUUGAAAAGAACAAUGCUAGAGAUUUCAUUUGAAAGAGCUAACACAAUUUGAAAAAAAAUCACUACUCAAACCAAUUAGUGUCGACAUUUAAAGCUAUAAACAAAGAUGAAAUAUAAUAUCCAGCUAAAGCUACUGUAACAGUUAUUCAUAUAUACAUCGACAACACUUUUUUGUAGAACAUUGGUCCUAUCUGGGUACUUCUGCUUUUCCAACUCCUUCAAAUUCCCAUGCCAAAGAAGUCAGUUGAAUGCAUAAUCAAGAGACAGGAACAAUAUGAAAGAGAGAUCAAGAUGAGAAGCUCACAAGAUUACCAAAAGAAAAGGUUCAUUUUUAUAAUGCUAUUUUUAAUCUAUGAACUGCUAAUUUUUGUAAAAAUAUUUUACAACUAAUAAUUAAGACAGGAAAAAUACAAAUACAAAUGUAUAACGAUUGGUGCUAGGUAUAGUGCAUUUUACUACAACGACAGUUAAAGUUAAGAAAUUGACAUCUAAAAUGUGAAUGACUGUAUUACUGAGGCCUUCCAAGGGGGGUUCUGGUGUCGCUUUGUCGCUUGUUUUCGAUGCAGGCCGUCGCCUGUUUCGUUGGGGAAAAUGUCGCUGACGGUAUUUCAAUUUUUGCGAUGCAGAACCGUUGAAAAAUGUCCACAAAUAUUUACACUUACUUGAUUAACCUUGAUUAAAACUGCUGCACUGAUAGCUAAUUGUGAUACUGAGUGCCGAUAUUGUAACUAUUCUUCCAUACAGAUGUCACAGAUGCGCUUCACGGAGUCUGGUUGUUUACCAUUUACCCAAAAAUUCCGGAAAUUUCGGUCAGAAUGUAAAUGGUAAGACAAUGGACAACUUUGGCUCGACCAACCGGAAAAUUUCCGAAAUAAACGGAACGUCUUGAAAGGUAGUUCAAAAUUCCCAACCGAAAUUUCCUAACGGAAAUGUGUGUACCAUUUGCUUUUUUAUCUACCAGUUCCAGACCCUACGCCAGUUUUGAUGCGUAAGCGUGGUUACUCAGCUCGUUUCGCAAACGGAAUUUCCCUUUCUGGAGUUUUGCUUACCAUUUACACAAACUGUUGACCAACCGAUUUUCCCUUGUAAAUGGUAAACAACCUCUAUCUCAGUAGCCUCGCAUUUGUCAACUCUCCCCAGUCUUACGGACUUAUUACAUAAGGUCAUACAUUGGCGCAACUCUGGCUUACUACAGACACUACAUGCUGAUCGUCUGAACAAAGGAUCAGAGUCUGUUCUACUGAAAAAUUGCGUCACUAGGGGCUUAGCAGAAUAAGCUAACGUGAUCACAAAUUUCCUGUCAAUUUCUUCACAUUUACGCAGUCAUUUACCAUCAGCUAACUCGAAAGUCUUCGAAAGGCUGUCACAUUUUGAUUGUUAGUGUCGAUUGUCUCAAAAUCGUACCAACCCUCAUUUCACCAGUAACCCUUGAUUUCAUUUAGAAUCGCAUAAUUGAGUCAAAUCUCGCAUUCUGAUUGGUUAACGAAGCGAGGUAUUUAGUGUGGAAUUGCGAGUUGAAAACGAGGCUAAGCGAUAUUGUCUCGCAUCUACGUAACAACUAUCGUCAAAUUCUAACACAACAACUGCAAAAAAGGUUUUCUACAAUAUCAUUUUACAAUGUUUUCAAAACCAUUGUCACCUUUUGAAGAUUUAAAAACAAACAAAAGCGUUUUUUUAUAGUGAGCGGGAGGUUCUUCCUUGUUUUGACCUGAACUACAAAUUCUCGAAGAGGCAUAAAAAACCUCUUUCGCUCGCGACAACGAGAAAACAAGAAAAUCUUGUGAACACGGCCCAGAAAAUGGCAAGCCAAAGUUCAACCAAACAAAACGGAAAAACGACAACGAACGAAGUACCGGGGUCGAUUGUCACAUACACAGGAGAAGAAAUACGUGUAAAUACCUUCAAAGACGACAGGGCCCCUCAGUGAAAACACGAAAAAGAGUACGCUGCUUGCAAUCGUCCUGAAUCGUGAUACUUAGAAAAGUACAAAACAGAGCUGAACUUGAACAGCAUUUCUAAAACAUUUCAAGGUACUUACCAUAUAUCAAUCGCGACGUUAUACUUUCAGUGUUUUCGUUUGGACACUUCAUUUCUUUAAGUUUUGCCACCGAAGAGGUAAAAGGUGUAAAUUAUUUUCCUUCUCGAGCAAAUGACCAAUUUGAAAAAAGAUGUUAUAGAUAAACGGCUUGUAAAUUCAGUGAAAUACCUCUAUUUAUCCUUACGAUUAGUGUAAAGCUUGUUUACAUGUAAAAAAGUUUGAAAACAAAUGUAAAAACAAGCACAAGGUACAAAAAAAGUUGUCGAAGGUCUUCAAACGUGUACGACUGACCUUGCUCCUAUUCGCUAACGCAAUGACAGUUCUGACAGUUGACUUUGAAUGGCUUUCUGGAGCGCGCGCUCAGGAUAAAAACAAACAAUAGCUAUUAUUGCCGUUUUCUUUUCUUUUUUUUUCUGAUUUUUAUUCAGUUAUGCGAUUCAAGGAAAAUCCAAUACCUGACUCGUGAAUUCCACGUUAAAGAGUCGUUAAAUUGCACUUGAAAACCGAUAUCGCACUCAUCGCUUCGCGAUUCGUGCGAUAUCGGUUUUCGCGUGCAAUUUAACGUGGAAUUCCCUCUUCAGGUAAUGAAUUUUCCUAUAAUAGUACUAGAAGUUGUUUUCUUCCGUUUUAUCUUCUCUUCUCUUGUGAGACAAUGACUGAAGUUGUACAACAAUUUGUGACAUUUGUGACAUACCCACUGUCUAGAAUGUCUAGAAUGAGCCACGGUAAAGUCUAUUCGCAUGCUUUUAUUCUGUUCGAUCAUUUUUUAUUUUAUUCGAUCGGAUUACAAUCUUCUAAUAGAUCUCUAUAAUGCAAACACAUAUCCGCGGUGCGAAGUGGCGGCAUAAAAAUGUCAAAAAUGGCAUCCUAAUUUAUGCAUGACUUUAUUCUGCUUUUGUCGCUUUUAAGACUCUUUAUUUUAAGCGCGGCCAAACUGGAGAUCGAAUGCUGGGCGCUAUAAGUCAUAAAAGACAUAAAAAAGUUAUUAAUAAUAUUAACCUUGAUGAUUAACCUCUCACCUUUUCUCUUGUGGCUUUUGUCGUCAUGUUGGUGUGAGCGUUUAUGUCCGCGCUUUAAACUCUUGCCGACCUUGCUGUCUUUGCUGCGAGAUCUGUGUUCUUUUUUGUCCUUUUUCUUCUUGUGUUUACCCAUGAUUUUAGCUGAUUGUCAGCUUAAUGAAAACACAGGAAAGACCUCUACAACGGAUUCUUACAACUACAUAAAACUUCAAUGAGAAUUUCUUUGACCUUUCUUGAUCUUUCUUGGGCUUCUCCUAUUUAAUAAAGCUCUUUGUCUGUAUAAGCGUCUUUUGUCUUUUUGUCUAGACACUCUGUAACUCUGACCAGUAACCAUUACGAUUGACGUAAUGACCACGUGCCAACCAUAACGAUUGACGUAAUGACCACGUGCCCUCUGUGACCUUCGACCCUUUUGUAUGUGGUUCAUGACAAGAAGUUAAGUGUGAAUGAUGCUUUACGUAAUAGUGACAAUAGUGAUAGUCACGUCUCGUUGCAGAAAAGAGUCACGCGGACCUGGUCUGGCCGCCGUCGAAAUGAUGCAAUAAAAAAGUGGGAAGAUGUCGCUUUCUCUAGCUAAAAAAUAUAUUGUCGUUGUCACAAAAUGUCGCUCUUUUUCUGUCAGUUCCUGUCGGCUGUCGGUGUUUUUAAAAAAGAUUGUCGCCACAUUUUGAGGUCAUGUCGCCUGUCGGUAAAACCCCUUGGAAGGCCUCAUUACUGUUUAGCACCUCUAUUUUACCUCUGUGGUCAGUGAAAACGCAACAAAUUGUUCAAAAAAAAUUCAUUCAAAACAAUGAGUAGUACAACAAAAGAGAAUGUUUGUCUCAUAUUCUCUCUUACAAAUGAAAGGAAAAAAAGAUGAAAAAAAAAACAUGAAAAAGAGAAGGAAUGUAUGAAGUCACUGAAGGCAGUUUCAGUAACAACAUCCUACUGUGGAACAGCUGGUUCUGAGUCAGAAGAAAGUGGUGGCAGUGAAAAUUCAGAAGAUGAGUUAUCUGAGCCAGAUAACUACAUCUCCAAUUUAACAGACAGCAGCGGUGACGAUGAAUCAAGUGAUGAAGUGACAGACAGCCCUUCCCCACUGUACUUCCUAAAUGAUUGUGAAGGUACUGGGGGAUCAGUCUAUAAGGACCACGUAGUGGAGAUUGCUGCUGUUCUGCAGCCUCUGCCUGGCAAUGUAGAAACCAACAUCCCAUCAACAUUCCAGUCUCUCAUCAACACCUCUAAGAGAACAGCAGCACUAGGUUGGAGGUUGAAAGUAAUCAAUAAUGUGAAACAAUGCUUUUUCCAUUUUUUAUAUUUUUGUCUGAUUAAAGAUCAGUAAAAACAAGACUAAACAGCAUUACAUGCAAUAUAUUUUGUUUUUCAGUUGUGAAAAAAUGUAGAAUAAAACAGACUGACCUUUUAAACCAACCAAAACUAUCAGAAGUACUUCCAAGGUUUAUAUCAUGGAUCAAAAAUCUGACAAAUGAGAUUUCCACAUUAACCAAGAGAAAAUACUUCCCAGGUACACAAAGUUAUACUACUUAAAUGAAAUGAGAGUCCAUCUCUUGUCUACAAAAUUAAAUCAAAAUAGUCCAUUCUACAUAAUAAAAAAGCACAAAGUCCAAAACCAUGUAAAAAUAAUGUCAUUUUAUUAAUAUAUCUUAUAAAUAUUUAUAAGGCUGAGAUCAGAAUUCUGAAAUAUAAGAAGAAGAAGUGUUAUAGAAAUAGUGAUGACAAGCUACUACAAUAGUAAAAUAGGAAUGGGAUUGUUUCAUGAACAGUCGUUUACAUUACUGUUGUAUUUAUUUUUAGUACUGAUUGCGCAUAAUGGUUUUGUUUAUGACUUUCCACUCCUGUUUGCGGAGGUGGACAGACGAUAUCCCUUGUUGAAAAAUGAUCUCUUCAAACACAUCUGCUCUGGAGAUUCAUUAGUGAACCUACGAACAGUAAGAUUGAGAGAUUUUAAUUUUAAUGCUAAGAAAGAAAUGCAGAAAAUGUACCAAAAAUGUAUGGAUUUUGGCAGUCAUACAGUGUACAUGUAUUGCUUCCUUUACUUUUAUUUCUGUAAUAAUGGUAUUACACUGCAUUUACAACACUGAAUUAACUUGGUUGCUAAAGUAUUCUUUGUUUAAGUACAUGUAUUCAUUUUUUGGACAGAUAUGUAGUUUUUCUAUCUCAGAAGUACAAGUAUAUACCGGUAAUCAUGACACUCUUAUAACAAACAAGCAGUUUUCUAAGAAGACAACUGAUACUUGAGCAAUUUGUUUAUUUUCAACAGAUGAGGAAACAAGGAAAACUAAACUUACAAAAACACCAAAAGCUUGGCAUGCCAGCACGUCAUGCACUGUAUUUUCCAAAUGCAAAUUUUCAAGGUAAACCUUGUGCACUGUAGGUUCAGAAUUUGUUGGGGACAUAAAUGUGAUAACUGCUUCUAGCUCAAGUUGCAGUAAACAAUAGCGGUAGCAAAACCAAUGCUUUGUACUCCAGUCUGAGUAGGGCAGAGUCUGAUUGCAUCACAAUAUUAUGAUGUGUCAUGGAGCACUAAAAAUUUUCCAUUCAUCACAAACUGGUCCGAGUUAACUUUAAAAAAAACUGUUUACUAGGGACAGGGAAAAAUGGCCAAUAGCUGACCCACCACCCCCAGUAAAAACCCCAGAAUAAGAAACAACUGUGGGACACAUUUCGGCUCCCGUUCCCUCCUUAUUUCUCAAUUGGUAUGAACAACUACAAUCAGGGACAAAAGUAGUUGACACACUUGUUUAAAACGGGUGCUUUUAACAAACAUUUAAUUCAUUUAUUAUUUCAUUCCUUUUAAACGCCGUAAAUCCCCCAACCCCCCGAAUCAAUGUUGUCUGAAGUAAAAAAAAGACUUGAGGGUCCAAAAUUCAACACUGAUUUUGGGGGGAAGGGGUUGGGGUAGACAGGGGAAGGGGAUAAGUAUAUCCACUAUGCAAAAAGAGGCCAUUUUACGGAAGUGUGUCAACACUUUUGUCCCUCAUUGUAGCAAUGAUUAUAGGCUUCUCUAAAUCCAGAGAUGCAAAUAUCCAAACUCUGUGUAAGCAUGCAUAAUUUAUUCUAUCAAUUUCAUUUGACAUGCGUUAUUUCAUAUUUCUAUUUCUAACAUAAAACUCUUAAACUUUGUUAUACUUUGAAGCCGACAGAGCAUUGGCUGAUGUGCAAGCAAUGAGAGAUGUAUUGUUUUGCACAGACCUGAAGCAUAUAAUUCCCUUCUACGAGCCUCUCCUGAGGACUGCUCAAGAGCAAAAGAAAAAAUUUAAAGCCAUGGUGCAAACAAGAGAAAAGAGCAAGACCCUCCUCCUCUAA